UUGGCAGAUGUUAAAUAUGCUCAGGCCCUUGGCCUAACCAUUAUAAAAUGGAAUUGUUUUCAAGUAGCAAUGGGCAGAGCGCACUUGUUGUCUUUUGGCUUUAACGUGCAAAAAGGAGAGUAAUCAUAAUAAUAAUAAUCAUGUCAGCGGUUGUCAGUAACAAGGAAAAGAAAUCCUUCAGUAAGAAACUUUUCCGAAGGAGUUCGGUACGCUCCGUAGGGAGUUUCAUGAACAGAGUUCUACGGACCCUGUCCACAUUGUCCCACUUUGGCACCGAGGAGCAUUCUGCUGAGGAUGAGAAGGACGACGCUGCGCCGAUCCCCAGCACAGUCGGAUGCUCGCUGGCAUCUGAUGAUAGCGACUGCAGUGGGUUCCCCUUCGGAGACAAGGUGCCAGGCGUUGCUGGACUGAAGAACCACGGCAACACCUGCUUCAUGAACGCUAUCUUACAGUGUCUGAGUAACACCGAACUUUUCGCCGAGUACCUUGCUCUUGAGCAGUUCAAAGGAGGAGAAGUGAGCAGCAACAGCGAGAAGACCAAGUCCAACGGAGUGUUGGUGCAGAAGAAGCUGAUCCAGCAGGACAAGGCUGGGGAGGUGACGGAGCAGCUGUCUGGACUUGUCCGGGCUCUCUGGACGUUCGAGUACACGCCUCAGCACAGCAGAGACUUCAAGAAUGUCGUUUCCAAGAGUGCCCUUCAGUUUAAGGGGAACUCUCAACACGAUGCCCAGGAAUUCCUUCUCUGGUUGCUGGACAGAGUUCAUGAAGACCUAAAUCGAAUCAUCCACCCAGAGAGCAAACCACCUCGGAAGCCUCCUGUAGCAGAAGAAAAUGGCACUGAAGGGUCUCCACAACCAGCACCUGGCUCAUUUGUACAGGAGUUGUUUCAGGCACAAUACAGAUCCUCUCUGACAUGCCCUCAUUGCCAGAAACAAAGCAACACCUUUGAUCCUUUCCUCUGCAUCUCACUGCCAAUUCCAGUACCUCACACACGGCCGCUGUAUGUGACAGUGGUGUAUCAAGGCAAGUGCUCCCACUGUAUGAGAAUUGGGGUGGCUGUGCCGCUCUCUGGUGCUGUAUCCAGACUAAGGCAAGCUGUGGCGCAAGAAACAAAAAUUCCAGUCCAGCAGAUUGUCCUCACUGAAAUGUAUUACGAUGGCUUUCACCGCUCCUUCUGUGAUGAUGACGAAGACCUCGACAUCAUUCAGGAGAGUGAUUCAAUCUUUGCCUUUGAGACGCCCGAACUGUUCCAACCGGAGCAGAUUCUUUUAAAUCGAGCCGGGGGUACGCACGUAAACCUCAACCAGAACAACCUGAAGUAUAGCACCGAUAACAACAGGGCUGCCGCACAAAUACAGGAGCCUGCAGUACAACCACAGAGUCCCAAUAAGAACACCGGACAAGCCGAGAAAAUUGUUCUCCUUGUGUGUAACAGAGCCUGCGCUGGACAGCAAGGACGCAGGUUUGGUAAUCCGUUCAUUCUAUAUUUAGAGCAAACGGUGACCUGGGAUGUGCUUCAAAAAGAGAUUCUGGAGAAAAUGCGUCAUCUCCUGCGCCCUGGAGUUAUUGUGCAGGUAUAUGCUUGGACACAACGCUCACUAACUAUAUUCAUAAAUACAUUUUUCAUGCACAGACAGGGCCAGCCCCUUUUUCAUCCCUCUGUAGAAAGGGCACACAAGUCGUGCGGUCCUGGAGGACCUCCUCACGUCAAAAUUGUUGUGGAAUGGGACAAAGAGACAAAAGACUAUCUCUUCAAAAGAACUGAUGAUGAAUACAUCCCAGAUGCUGAAAGUGUACGUCAAGUGAAGGAGCAACAUAUGCAGCCGCAGACAUGUUCGCUCACCCAGUGCUUUCAACUCUACACCAAAGAAGAGCAGCUAGCACCCGACGACGCAUGGCGAUGUCCUCACUGUAAGCAGCUUCAGCAGGGCAGCAUUAAGCUAAGUCUGUGGACUUUGCCUGACAUCCUCAUACUGCAUCUGAAACGCUUUCGACAGGAUGGGGAUCGCAGGAUGAAGAUGCAGAACAUGGUCAAAUUCCCACUCACUGGUAUGGACAUGGCUCCGCACAUGGUAAAGAGAAGCCAGAGCAGCUGGAGUCUCCCUUCGCACUGGUCGCCAUGGAGACGGCCAUACGGGAUGGGUCGUGAUCCAGAGGACUAUCUCUAUGAUCUUUACGCUGUGUGUAACCACCACGGUACCAUGCAGGGUGGACAUUACACAGCUCAAUGUAAGAACUCAAUCGACGGACAGUGGUACUGCUUUGACGAUAGUGACGUUAAUGCCAUAUCCGAAGAUGAGGUUUGCAAGAACACCGCUUAUAUCCUCUUCUAUCAAAGAAGAGCCACGAUCCCUUCAUGGUCUGCAAACAGCUCUGUGGGAGGAUCCACUAGUUCAUCUUUGUGUGAGCAUUGGGUAAGUCGGCUGAUGGGCAGCCGUCCACCCAGCCAGGCCUCAUCUGGUUCCUCCAGACGCACUUCCCUGGCGUCCCUCUCGGAGUCUGCUGAGUUCGCUGGUGAACGGAGCGAGGAUGAUGGGUUAUCAAGUCGUCCAGCGGUGAGAGGAAUGCAACGACAAACAUUUUCAACCAGGUCUACCAUAGCCAGUCCAUUGGUGCUCAGUGAAAAUGGUACUAAACCAUCCUGGUCUGCGAAACUCCAACUCCAUUCCAAUUCACCUUCACGUUUCUCUCUGGAAUCCCAUUCUUCCUCACCAACACUGGAGAAAAUAGGGGAGGUGGUUGAUACCACACUGUCAACCACCUGCUUUACUUCCUCACCAAAACUGUCAGGCAACAAGUUGGCCUUCACAGCUUUGGUAAGUAAUCCUGAAUGUAAAAGGCAAGUUGAACCAUUUCAUUCUAAAACUGCGACCCAGGCAGCAUCCAGGGGAACUACCCAGACAGGUGAUAAUAAUAAUGUAGUUGCUGCUGCUGCUGCUGCUGCUGCUGAUCAGACCAGUCCUCGACAUGGGGCCGUGUCAAAGGAGCUAAAACAAAGAAACGGGGCUACAGAGAGCAAUAGUGUUAAAAGAACAUCAGCAAAGAGUGGGUUAGAAAUAGAAAGAAGUCCCAAGAAGCAUCCCGCAACUUCUUCAACAUCAUCCAGCUCUCUCUCUCCUGCAUCCCCAGCCAUGGGUAAGUGUAGGCUGCAGACCAAGACUGCUACAAUAUCAGCAUCCUCCCCAAAGAUUAGAAGCGGUGGACAUCUGAAAACUGGCAAGACUGUGUCCUCAAGAGCCACACCUUCCUGCAAGAAAGGGUCAUCUCAAACCCAGGAGGUUUCUCGAGCUGACUCUACCCAACAGAGGCAAAGCAGUUCUCAAGGAUUACCAAGCAAGAAAACAUCACCGAGACCUGUUGGUGAGAAAACCUCAGCCUCUGGACGUUCUCGAGGAUUGGACAGGAGUGCCAGUCGGGAAUCCUCGCGAAUCGAUUUGUCAGAAAAAAGGAUUAGCCCUGGGGUGCCGUCUUCUCGGUUAGCUGUCGCUAAUAGAAAAGAGAUCAGGCAAAGUAGGGCUGUUGAGUACAAGGAAGCGGGCCAGAACUCAAGCAGUACCUCUUCCAGUACAAGUCUGCGAUCGUCGAGUGUCGUUGUUUCCUCGGCCGCAGUGCAACCAUCGAGGGGGCCUCGUAGGAACAGUAAGACCGAGGAAAAAAGUUUGUCAUUCUUUAAAACUGCCCUAAGACCCAAAGAGAUUCGAAAGUCAGCUGACGUUGGAAAAUCAGGGAUAGGAGAAGCUUCUGUAAACCCCGGGGAUUUUGCUGAAGAUGCAUUUAAAGAGGGAAUCCAAAACGGAGGCAGCAGGACAUGCCAAAGUGCAGCAUCAGAGAGUCAAACGAAUGUCAUUCCCAUUGACAAAGACUCCUCCAAGGCAUCUUCUGUGGCCAAGUCCAAGCCCUCCGGAGCAGAAACCUCAAGCCAGAUCCCUUCAAAUGCAAAAGACCUUUCGAAAAAGGAACCUGGAAAAAAAGCAUUGCCCUCCAGGAAAAUACCUAUUAACUCUGCUAAAACUAGCCAUAGGUCCAAAUGAUGCUAUUUUAACGAUUUCCCAAGUGCAGCUCUGAGGUGUUUGAUCUUUAGACUAGACAUAGUCAGUGUUUGACCAAUAUCUCUGAAACACCUCUAGUCUUUCAGCGCUGACUGAAUAGUAGCUGCCGCAUUAAACAAUUCCCACUCACAACGUUAGUUAUUUAUCUACGAAUGGGUUAAUAACAAAGCACUUUCUAUGGAUUUCAAAUUUUUGAGGAACAUCAUACUGUAAUGUAAAUAAGCAUGAACAUGUAUCGAAGUGUACGGCCUCAGUCGGUGUGUAGCAUAGUGCAGGUGGAAUAAGUACGUUUCUGUAGAGGAUGAAACAAAAAAAAAAAGGAACUUUGCACAAAAUGAAAUGCAAAUUCAAUGAUGGAGAAAACCUUUGGAGGGAUGGGAAAGUGUGGACAACCAAGUCACCAAAGUUUAGUCAUAGUUUAGUGGCAGUUUUGACUCAAGAAUGCAGUUAAACAUUUCCAAAUGAUUUCGUUUUGUUUCUGUCUGAUUUUUUUGUAUGUCAACAACAAACACCAGUGCCUAAUACAAAUAUAAAUAUCGGUUCUACUCCUGCAGGUGCGGGUUAAGUAAUCAGUUGUGACAUUGACGUUGCACGAAAAAAAAAAAAAAACAACUUUUAGGUCAAACGAAAUUAUAGGUAUAAGUGUAAAAUAUUUUGACAAAAUAAAACCUUUUGCAAGAUCACUUUGUAAACCAUGAUCUUCAAACCACGAUCAGUAGGCAGGCAUGGAAGAAAUCUGCAGAUGGAGUAGAAACGUUUGGAGGGAGAUAUAAAGUGUUGUUGACAUACUGUAAGAUAUGUAAGGUGACAAGAAAAGGUUGAAAGGAGAUUUUCCAUUACCGUGUUUUCUGGACUAUAAGUCGCUCCGGAGUAUAAGUCGCACCAGUGCCCUCUAGCGGCUGUCGGUGUGAAACUAACGAACAUGGUACAUUUUCAGUGGUACAGGAGUAGUAGAAGCCUAGAGUGUCCUAUAUAUAUAUAUAUAUUUUUAAAAAAUGCACCUGAAUAUAAGUUGCAAACCCAGCCAAAGGAUGAAAAAAGUGCGAGUCUGGAAAAUAUGGUAAUUGUUCCCUUCACCGAUUCUUACAUCCUACAUCGUGAUUCUUACAUGCUGACUUUUGAAAAUAUGGAAUGCUGUUUACAUACUAUACUCUCCUUCGUGUAAUGUUCGUGCAAGAGCCUUUAAAAGAUAAAGAAUCGAUGGGGCAGAGAACGCUGGGACACGGCACGUGUUGUUACAUUUCCUAGAGACUUUUGGUAACCAUAACCUUUUUCCAAAUGUUUGGGCUCUAAUUUGCAGUUCUACGGCUUAGCCCCGAGACGAACACACACGACUGCCUUUAGGCUGCUGAUUCGUAAGCUUAGGCCUGAGUUAUACUACGAGCGUUAGCAGAAAUCUUCUAUGCAUUUUGACAUGUGCACAGCUCCGUACGUGGCGUAGUGAGGUGCUAGGAUGGACAGAUGGAAGUGCUGGUUGGCGUCACCAACCACGUAACCUCAUGAAAGAGUGGUGUCAGGAACUGCCCCAGCCUACCAUUAGGAAGUGCUGAAUGUGUGCAAAACGAACAAAAUGGUUAUAAGAGUCGGCGUGGUUGAACGCUAUUUGGUUGAUAAUGACUUUCCUGCCAUUUGAAAAGUGUUCUUUGUAUUGUAAUUUCCGGACUAUAAGCCGCUACUUUUUUCACACGGUUUGGACCCUAGGGCUUAAACA